GAGGACUCUCCAUAUCUGUAGCCUCCACGCCAUCUCCUCUCUGUGUCAAUCUGCUUGUGGUGGACAUGCCACCUGCGUUACUCGAUGUUACAGUUGCUGAUAGCGAGCAUGACGAGCUUACUAACAAUGCUGAUGACGUCAACAGUGAUGGUAACGGCAAACGCUGUGGCGAUGAUGGAGUCCAUCGCAAUGCUGGUGAUGAUAAGGGCAUUGAUGGUGAUAACGAAGACACUGGCACGAGACUGUUUUGCUGCACUUUCGUGGGUGAUAGACAGGGUGACGAGACUGAUAACGGUGAUGAGAUUGAUGAUGGUGAUGGAGUCUCCAUGGCUAGCAAGGACUGUAAUAAUGAUGAAGAAGAUGUUGUCCAUGGGGACUCCGGUGUUGGAUUUCGAGGUCUUGACAGCGCGAGCAUUCUACUUGAGGGCGCUGUUGCUGAAGAUUUGGGUGGCUGUUUGACUAAAGACUUCCGCGGCAACCUCUGUCUCGGCUUCCUCAUUUUGGUCGACAGUAUUUUUGUUUUCGACAGCGGUUCUCUUGAGUCCCCAUGGGAUAUGGACAAGCCCCAAAAUGAACUGGGCUUUUGGCCCUCAACAGCUGGCAGCGUCCCACUUUUGCCAACAGGAGCAGAAGAAUUUCCAUCAGGCAAUAUGCAGGUUGAUGUAAAGGAUGGAGUUACCUUCUCAAGUACCAUCCAUGAAGGUUUUGCAUGCGAGGAGGACGAGGAGAUGGAGGAGAUGGAGGAGCUGGAGGAGAUGGAGGAGAUGGAGGAGAUGGAGGAGAUGGAGGAGAUGGAGGAAGAAGAGGAGGAGGAGGAGGAGGAGGAGGAGGAGGACGAGGACGAGGACGAGAACGAGAACGAGAACGAGAACGAGAACGAGAACGAGAACGAGAACGAGAACGAGAACAAGAACGAGAACGAGGACGAGAUCGAAGACGAAGACGAAGACGAAGACGAAGACGAAGACGAAGACGAAGAAAGAGGACGAAAUGAAGAUGAAGAAAGAGGACGAAAUGCAAAGACAAAGACAAAGACAAAGACAAAGACAAAGACAAAGACAAAGACAAAGAAAGAAGAAAGAAGAAAGAAGAAAGAAGAAGAAGAAGAAGACUAUGCCUACCCACUAAGGAGCGAGCCUGAGCUCCCGGGCGGGACAAACAACGUUGCCGUGGACUUCACGUCCUCAAAAGCCGGGCAGGAUAUUUUGAGAGAGCUCAGAAUUACGUGAAGCCGGGCUAAGGGCAUUCCCGCACAACUCAUGCAACGUGAAACAUGGCGAGUGGAUCUUCACGUAAGUCGCGGAUGUAUCUUGUACUAGUGGCCCAUGUAUCUUGCCACCUUCUAUGUCAAGAUGCAGUAGCCAUUUUUCACGUUCCAGGAGAACUGUAGUGAGGCCCUGGUCAUGCCAUAAGUGGCCUAAUAAAAACAGACAUGCCCCAAUAUUUGGGGAGGGGAGGGGAGGGGGGGGGGGAGACAUUUAAGACCAUGACCAUGGCAUCAAGGAAAUCAUUCAAAUAAUGUAGACACGAGUCACACGAGGGAAAAACUACACAACGAUGGCAUCCUCCGCUGAAGGUGUGUCACAGUGACGAUCAAAUCUCCGCAUUCCUGGCAUAUGAGCAGAUCUGAAAAACAGUCGGAUCCCAAACCCUAAGCCCUAACCCUGAGUUUGUCACAGAUGGAAUGUCAGGACUCCGAAAAUCAAUAACCCUGAGUUUGUCACCAAUGGAACAUCAGGACUCUGGAAAUCAAUUGCAUCCUAAACC